AAAAAAAAAAAAAAAAAAAAACAGAGCGAAGAAGAAGACGAUUUGCGCGAGACGGAUAAAGAACGAUCGAGAAAUAGAGACAGCAAGAUUGCUAUCUCCUCCUCUUGGGGUGGAAAAUGGGAAUCUCAGUUCUUGUGGACAGUAUCACAUCGUUUCUAAAUCUGUCGUCAUCAAGACAUAUCGAUCUAGACCCUUUCGAAAAGUACUACAAGAGAGUUGAAGAGUUGCUGAUAGUGUUGAAGCCCAUAGCUGAUCUUCUUGUUAUCAACUCCAAUCUUGUUUCCGAGGAGGAGGAGAAACUUGUUAAAGCUUUCGAAGAAUUGACUCAGGAUGUUGAUCACUCCAUUGAUCUUUUCAGAACUUGGCACGCCUUCUCCAGUAAAGUCUACUUCGUCCUCCAAAUCGAAGCUUUAAUACCUAAGAUGCGAGAAACUAUUGUGGAUGCUUUCCAUUUUCUCAUGUCUUCUCAAAACGACCUACCUGAUCAGUUGACUCCAGCUUCCCUCGAGAAAUGUCUAGAGAAGAUUAAGCAUCUUAGUUAUGAAGAAAUAUCUUCUGUCAUUGAUGGUGCUCUAAGGGAUCAGAGAGAUGGCGCUGGACCCACUCCUGAGAUCUUGCUGAAAAUUGGAGAGAACACUGGUCUCAGAUCAAACCAGGAGAUUCUAAUCGAAGCUGUUGCUCUAGAGAGGCAGAAAGAGAUUGCUGAGCAGUCUGAGAAUAAUGCAGAAGUCGAGUUCCUUGACCAGUUGAUUGUUAUUGUUAACCGCAUGCACGAACGUCUUCUUCUCAUCAAACAGACUCAGACAUCUAGUGUCGCUAUUCUUGCCGACUUCUUUUGUCCUCUCUCCCUUGAAGUUAUGACUGAUCCAGUGAUUGUGUCAUCAGGGCAAACAUAUGAGAAGGCUUUCAUCAAGAGAUGGAUUGAUUUAGGUUUGAAAGUUUGUCCUAAGACUCGGCAGACUCUGACUCACACGACUCUGAUACCCAAUUACACCGUCAAGGCCUUAAUCGCUAACUGGUGUGAGACAAAUGAUGUCAAGCUCCCUGAUCCCAAUAAAUCAACGAGUUUAAACGAGCUGUCUCCUCUUUUGUCAUGUGCAGACUCCAUUCCCAGUGCUUCAACUCAUAAGGUUAGCAACAAGUCAAAUGAUUUGGAUGCUUCUACAAGCCGAGCAGAUGAAAAAGAGACUGGUUCUCCUUCACGUUCUGCUUCUGCCUGGGACACUUCUUCACCAGGUGUAUCUGGAAAUGGGUUAGGUAUGGACGCCAUGAGGAUGUCACUAAAUGAUUAUGAAGAUAGAUCUAACGAUUCUCGAGAAAUGAAGACAGAUGCACCCGGUAGGUCAUCUGUAUCUUCAACUACACGAGGCUCAGUGGAAAAUGGACAAACAUCUGAGAAUCACCAUCUUAGGUCCCCUUCUGCUGCUAGCUCAGUUUCUAAUGAGGAGUCUCCAAGAGCAGAUGGGAACGAGAAUUCAGAAGAAUCAGCUCAUGCUACACCUUACAGUAGUGAUGCUUCUGGAGAAAUUAGAUCAGGGCCUCUCGCUGCAACCACUUCAGCAACUCCUCGGCGAGAUCUUUCUGAUUUCUCCCCAAAAUUUAUGGAUAGACGUAACCGUGGCCAGUUCUGGCGCCGUCCAUCGGAGAGGCUUGGUUCAAGGAUUGUUUCAGCGCCUUCGAAUGAAACAAGGCGUGAACUUAUUGAGGUCGAAAACCAAGUUAAAAAGUUGGUGGAGGAGUUGAAAAGCAGUUCAUUGGAUGUUCAGAGACAAGCAACCGCGGAGAUAAGGUUGCUAGCGAAGCACAACAUGGAUAAUAGGAUAGUAAUAGGGAACUCUGGGGCAAGUGCCUUACUAGUAGAACUACUUCACUCAUCAGACCCAGCUACACAGGAAAACGCUGUGACAGCUCUUCUAAACUUGUCCAUUAAUGACAACAACAAGAGUUUAAUCGCUGCAGCUGGUGCAAUCGAGCCGCUCAUUCACGUGCUUCAGAAUGGUGGCUCUGAAGCAAAGGAGAAUGCAGCUGCUACCCUCUUCAGCCUCUCUGUUAUAGAAGAGCUCAAGAUUAAGAUAGGUCAGUCUGGUGCAAUUGGGCCUCUUGUGGAUCUUCUAGGUAAUGGUACCCCGCGGGGUAAGAAAGACGCUGCUACUGCAUUGUUUAAUCUAUCGAUACAUCAAGAGAACAAGGCGACGAUUGUGCAGUCUGGGGCUGUGAGAUAUCUUAUUGAUCUGAUGGAUCCAGCAGCUGGGAUGGUGGAUAAAGCUGUUGCUGUUUUGGCUAACCUUGCUACGAUUCCUGAAGGAAGAAACGCUAUUGGUCAAGAAGGGGGGAUAGGUCUUCUUGUUGAGGUCGUUGAGUUGGGUUCAGCUAGAGGGAAGGAAAACGCAGCAGCAGCACUACUUCAACUUUCGACCAACAGUGGUCGGUUCUGCAACAUGGUUCUUCAAGAAGGAGCUGUUCCUCCUCUCGUUGCUCUCUCACAGUCUGGUACUCCCAGAGCCAGAGAAAAGGCACAGGCAUUGCUCAGUUAUUUCAGGAACCAACGGCAUGGCAACGCUGGGCGUGGCUGAUGAUGACAAUGAUGAUGCGUGGAUUCUGGUUCCUCGGUGCCUACUUUCUGUUUGUUUUCUUACUAAAGUAGUGAUUUUGUACAAAAGAGGUUUCGUCUGCAAAUGAUUAUAUACUCAAUAUUUUCUUGAUUAUUUGCAUUCUUUGACUCUCGAUUGAUCUUAUCAGGAAUAAAACUCUGACUUGAAGUAGAAGUUUGUAAGUCUGAAGUAAACAAUGUAGAUGUGAAUGUAAAUCGAGUGAGAGUAUUUUAACCUUUGAUGGACUAUCUGUGAGAGUACUGUGUUUGUUUGUUCAUUAGAAAAGUAUUGUGAUGUCAAAUCUAGUUAUUAUUUUCAAAUUUUU